AUGUCUCAGUCACUGAUUCGAGCAAUCUCAGCUCGGAAGAAUCAAUUCGGUAUUGGGUUCUACUACAGAUGUAGUUACUCUCGGCAAUUUCACUCCCAAUGGCACAUCAUUGCUCCCAAUCACUGCAAACAUUCAUCUUCAGGAAAUUUUCCAACCGAUUUUAGAAGGUUUUCCGGUAAUUUGAUCCCGGAGUUGAAUCGUACCUGCUUAGCUCGACACAAAAAUGGAUUUUGCUCGGUUUCUUCGAACGGAGUAAUUGACAUUGACACGAAUCUCGAUUCCGAUGGAAACACAAUCGAUAUUGAGGAUGAUGUUUCUUCUAAGAGCUCAAAUGUUGAAGUACCUGUGGAUAAGAAGCCAAAGGUUGUUUACAAGAAGCCAAUUGAUUUCACCAAAAUCGAUGCGAAGCUAUUACCAACCGUGAUGAUCAUUGGCCGGCCAAAUGUUGGCAAAUCCGCCUUAUACAACCGAUUGAUUCGAAGGAGAGAAGCUCUCGUUUACAACACUCCAGAUGAUCAUGUAACAAGAGAUAUAAGAGAAGGGAUUGCGAAACUAGGUGGUUUGAGAUUCAACGUUCUGGACUCUGCUGGUAUAGAGACUGAAGUCUCUUCUGGCACUAUUCUCGGUAGAACCACAACAAUGACUGCUAACGUGCUCGCAAGAACUCAGUUUGCGAUUCUUAUCAUCGACGUUAGGGCGGGGUUGCAUCCAUUGGAUUUAGAGGUUGGUAAAUGGCUGAGAAAGUAUGCUCCACAGAUUAAGCCGAUUGUAGUAAUGAAUAAAUCGGAAUCAAUUGGUGAUUCUCUUGAUGAAGUUUCUUCAGAGGCUCUUGCGUUGGGGUUUGGUGAGCCUACUGCUAUAUCAGCUGAGACCGGACUUGGUAUGACAGCGCUUUAUGAGCUUCUCCGUCCUUUACUAGAGGAUUACAUGGUCGAAAAGUUAAACGGUAAUAGUUGCAGUCAAGAUGAUGUUCCAAGCGGUGAGAAUCUCUCUGAUGAAACCGACGAGUCCAAGUUGCCAUUGCAGUUAGCUAUUGUAGGUAGGCCUAAUGUUGGGAAAUCGACUUUGCUCAAUUCAUUGUUGGAAGAAGAGCGUGUCUUGGUUGGUCCUGAAGCUGGUCUCACUAGAGAUGCUGUGAGAGUUCAGUUCGAGUUUCAGGAUCGGACUGUGUAUCUGGUUGACACUGCUGGUUGGUUGGAGAGAACAGAUCGAGACAAAGGACCAGCGUCUUUAAGUAUCAUGCAGUCAAGAAAGAGCCUGAUGCGAGCACAUGUUAUCGCUUUAGUUCUUGAUGCUGAGGAGAUCAUUAAAGCGCAAUGCAGUAUGAAACAUUCAGAAGUAGUUAUAGCUAGACGCGCUGUAGAGGAAGGACGUGGUCUAGUCGUGAUCGUUAACAAAAUGGAUCGUCUAAAAGGGAGACAACACUCUGAGAUGUACAAGAAAAUCAAAGAAGCUGUUCCCAUUGAAGUACAGACUGUUAUUCCUCAGAUAACCGGAAUACCGGUUGUGUUUAUCUCUGCGUUAGAGGGAAGAGGACGUUUGCAAGUAAUGACUGAAGUCAUUGACACAUACAAGAGAUGGUGUUCAAGACUUUCCACAGGCCGCCUUAAUCGCUGGUUGAUUAAGGUGAUGAGUCGACAUUCUUGGAAAGACUCGGCUUCGCAGCCAAAAAUCAAAUUUUUCACUCAGGUGAAAGCUCGGCCGCCGACUUUUGUGGCGUUUGUGAGCGGUAAAACGCAGUUACUGGAAAGCGACAUAAGGUUCUUGACUAGAUCGUUGAAAGAAGACUUUGAUCUGGGAGGGAUUCCUAUUCGAAUCAUUCAGCGGGUUGUUGCUCGGACAGCGCCUAAGACAAGCGGCGGUGGUGGAAGUGGAAGUGGAACCGGAAGAAGCUCCGGUGGUCGUGUGGUGACAAAAACCAACUCGGACAAACGUACCGUUUCGGUUUAA